AUGUCCGACGUCGCGCAGAGGAUCUGGAGUCAGACCAGGAUCAGAAUUACCGGUCUUUACGAAUCCCUACGGCCGCGAGCCGUUGUGAAAGCUGCGCGUUCUGUUGGCACUGUGAAACGCCAGGAUACCUCCGAAAACAAUCUAUGUGGAGUACAGGCCGGACCCCUGGGCGGCAUUGCAGUGUGUGCGUUGAAGCCGGUCUCGUCGGCGCGCUCAAUAUCGAUCCGGACCAUUCAUAGAGCGGAGAUGAAUAUCUUUAGCGCUAUGAAGCUACUGCUGUGGCUCGCCCCCGCUGCAAGGAAGGUUUUAGAUUCCGAUGAGAUCUCUCGGCGAGAUCUGCAUAGAGAACCAAUCGGCCAGGUUUCUGACCAGCAGAAAGGAAACUCAGAAUUCAAAUCGAAAGUGGAGGCCACUGUUGAGUUAUUGAGGAAGAAACUCACCGGCGAUCCAUCCUCGGAACAAUGGAACAAGACUCUGCGUGAAGCAAUAGGCGACGGAGUCUUCACGUUAGUGAGGCAGGAGGCUCACUGGUAUUUCGAUGGUCUCCAGAGAGAAAGAGUCCAACUCCUAGGGGAACCUCCGGACAGUUUCAAGUCCCUCGACCGUUUCAAAUUUUUCGGUUUUGAAACACUUCACGUGCAAUGGCUACGUGAGAAAGAAGCGUGCUCCGCUCAAUAUUAUAGAAUCCUGUUCCCCCGUGUCCAGAUCAACUUCGGGUCUGUAGCACCCGAGGAGGAAUAUGUCUUGGAUACCGAUUACCUGACGAAACAGAAUCACUGUGCGCGUCAUAAGCGUUCCUUCAGUGAAAUGUUUUACGAGUUUAUGGUGUGGUGGAGCUGUGAGGAUCGAAAACUCGAUAGAGACACUAUGGAUCUAUUGGCUCAAACUUCAUGGUACAUCGCUUAUCAAAUGGAUAUGCACGGAGGUCCGUAUAGGGAUCGAAAUGAGUGGUGCCUAUACUGUAAACGAGGCAGACUCGCGAGCGCUCUCAAUUAAAUUCAGCUUCGAAC